AUGGUUUCGCAAAAGUCGUUGCGAGCUAACGCGGACAGCGAGAAAGAAAACAAAACGAACACGGCGUCGGCUGUAGUUAGCGGCGGCGGCAGUGCACACGGUGACGGCAGCACUGCUCCCGGUUCCAAACAAACGAAAGAAAAAGCUUCUUCCGACACGCAAAUCGUCGGUUCUGAUGGAGUUAGCUCAAGUGCGGCCGGUUCACCGGAUGCGAGCGGUGGAGAGGGCGGUAAAGAUGAACUAGUAAUUGGCGAAGAGUACAUGGUACAGCGACAGGACGGCACAUGGCAUUUAGCGCAAUUGAUUCAAUCGCGCCAAAAUCCUUCAGAUCCGAAACAGUUGGAGUAUUACAUACAUUACGAAGGUCUCAACCGGCGGCUGGAUCAAUGGGUGACGCGGGAUCGAAUAUCGAACGACAGUAUGCCGGGUGGGAGUCCAACGGGUGCCGGUGACCGUGCCACCAGUGUACCUAUUCCACCAAACGCGGCUGGAGAUGGUGCAUCUGCUAGGAAAAGCCCACUAGGAUCGAAUACGGCCAACGCGAAGGAUCGCUUUACGGGGCUGAAACCGGGAUCGAAGGAAGCCGGCGCGUUGCUAGUGAGCGGAAAUGAUAAUAUCGGGUCUAGCAUUGACGGGACCGACACGGAUCGGAAGAUAACGCGCAACCAAAAGCGACGCCACGAUGAGAUAAACCACGUGCAGAAAACGUACGCCGAUAUGGACCCAACUACGGCUGCCCUGGAGAAGGAACACGAGGCGAUCACGAAAGUGAAGUACAUCGACAAGCUGCGCAUUGGGAAGUACGAAAUCGAUACGUGGUAUUUUUCGCCGUAUCCGGAAGAGUACGGCAAGGUUGGCACGAUGUACGUUUGCGAGUACUGUCUGCGGUAUAUGCGACUGGCCAAAACACUCAAGGAACACAAAGCCGUCUGUACCAAACGGCAGCCGCCAGGCAAUGAGAUCUACCGCAAGGGGACAUUGUCCAUCUUUGAAAUAGACGGUAGGGACCAUCGGUUCUAUUGCCAGACGCUUUGCCUCAUGGCGAAACUAUUUCUCGAUCACAAAACGCUUUACUACGAUGUGGAACCGUUCUAUUUCUACGUGCUGUGCGAAAUAGAUCGCGAAGGGCAGCAUAUUGUUGGGUAUUUUUCCAAGGAAAAGGAAUCACCCGAAGGUAACAAUGUCGCAUGCAUUCUCAUACUUCCACCCUACCAGCGCAAGGGCUACGGUAAGCUGCUGAUUGCGUUUAGCUAUGAACUUUCGCGCCGGGAAGGAAUUAUUGGCAGCCCGGAGAAACCGCUGUCCGAUCUUGGGAAGCUGAGCUAUCGAAGCUAUUGGGCGUACACGCUGCUCAAGCUUAUAAAGGACUACCGGACGACGACGAUUAAGGAGCUGAGCGAACUGUCCGGCAUUACGCCAGAAGACAUCAUCUACACGCUCCAGUCGAUGAAUAUGGUGAAAUACUGGAAGGGUCAGCACGUGAUCUGCGUAACGGUUAAGCUGAUCCAGGAGCACCUUCAGAUGCCACAGUUUAAGAAACCGAAGUUGAUGGUAGACCCCACAUUCCUCAAGUGGACACCACAGAAGCGCAACAAUCCAGCGAAGCAGAUAAAGAAAAAUUAG